ACUCUUUGCUCAGUGUACAGAAUUAUAAAAGGUACAUUGAAAGUACUUGCAAGUAAGAUUCAUCCUCUAGAUUUCUGGACCAUGGCCAUUUGUAAUCCAAUGCAGCAAGUGGGAGGGAUUCUGCAACCUGAGCCAUGGACCUGAGAACCAAGCCACUCAGGUGUCUCUUUUGAACUGGAGACAUGACAGAAGACGAGGAACAAAGGAAAUAAAGAACGAAAACGGGAGCACAAUGUAAUUGAAAGUACGGUGUGGUUGGGCUUAAUUUUUUUCAAGUUGCAUGGACAAUGACAUAAUGAGUGUUCCAGAAACAGAUACUGCAGUACAAUCCACUGAUACAUCAAGUACAACAACAGAAUUUAAGACGAAGACAGUUGGAGGCUCAGAUAGCUCCAAGAUUGAAGUGGUUUCGGUUACGGAGGAAGACUUCCCCACUGUAGAAACCCCCAACACUCUUAUUAUCAGCCCCCUUGGCAGCUUUAUCGCAGAUUUUCAACCAGAGAAAGAUCCAGGUAACCCAGAAGAGCUUCAUUCUCAAGCUGCAGCCAGUCCAACCAUGCCAGUCACAAAAGUUCAGCCUUUUGUUCAUGACAAUGACUUGGAUAAGGGAUGGAAAAACAGACUCAUUCCUCAUCGAUUUGAACUGCUGAUUGCUUCGAGCCUCGUCUUGAUGAUAUUUCUGGUUCUUGGGAUUGGCCUUGGAGGGUUCAUGUCGGGACUUUGGCCUGACAGCAUCCCUUACCGAAGAUCUCCACCAACGGGUUCGAGGGUUGCCGCCACGACAGGCACCGACAACCUUGUGACCACAACUCUGAUUAGCCGCCUCAACAAUGGAGGCACCGAACAUGGACCACUCAGAUUCAAUGUCCUCCACCUCCCAUGGAACGUGUUAAAAGUUCUGCUGGAAAUGGGAGUUAAAGCUACGUCUCACAGGGGAUUCCGCCAGACGUUCCCAGCAGACCCUCACAACAUGUUUGGGCCUGCCAGGUCUGUCCGGCAUCCUCCCCCACUCUUGGAGCCAACUCCGAUGGUGGAGGAGUGGUUGGUGGACAGCUCCGCACCUCUCUUCACCCGAGAGUCCAAGACAUACGGUCACAGAUCUGAUGAAACAACAACAAAGUCGAUCAUCAAACUGUGGCCUUGGGUGUCCUGUGGGUCUAAGCUGUGUGGGAAGUUUCGCUGCGGUUCAUCAUCCCAGUGUGUCAAUACCAUGGCUCAGUGUGAUGGAACAAUGGAUUGUGAAAACCACGAAGAUGAGCUUGGUUGUGUACGUCUGAGUGGCAGGAGCUCAGUUCUGCAGGUUCAAAAAAGAGGAGCAUGGAGGACAGUUUGCUCAGAGGAAUGGAACAAUCAGCUCGGGAUAUCUGCCUGCAAGCAACUGGGAUACUCAAGGUAUGUGGAGUCCUUCUUCAUCUCUCUGACCUCCAUUGAGCAGGACCUUCGAACCAACCUGAUUUCCAUCAACUAUAGCCAGGCAGAGGUCAUUAAGCUUCAAAAUGCUGCAACCUUCAGGUAUGCAACAUUUCAUCAUCACAGGUGUAAGAACCAGUGCACCUCAGGCAUGGUGACCACUCUGAAAUGUAUUGCGUGUGGUUCGAGGCCUCAUUACAACACUCGAGUUGUGGGGGGUAAUAUCUCCAAACCAGGUCAGUUUCCCUGGCAGGUCAGCCUCCACUUCCAGAGGGAACAUACUUGUGGAGGAUCCAUCAUAACGUCAAGCUGGAUCCUUACUGCAGCCCAUUGUGUGUAUGGGAAGUACAUAAUCCAGUUCCCCAGUGUGGGACUCAGUCCAAGAGAGAAGAGCUUCUGCACCAGGCUCUGUGGGAUGAUGGUGUUGAAAGAGCAGAUGGAUUAUUGGCCAAAAGGACAGGAUUAUGACAUUGCACUGAUGAGGCUACAAGAACCGCUUGUUUUUGAUGGCCUUGUGGAACCCAUUUGUUUGCCUAACUAUGGAGAGGAGAUUACAGAAGGUGAAAUGUGCUGGAUAUCUGGUUGGGGAGCCACAGAGGAAGAUGGAGAGUCCAGUGAUGUUCUUCACUCAGCUAUGAUACCGCUCAUCUCUACCAAGACCUGCAACCAUGCAGAUGUUUACAAAGGCCUAAUCUCUUCUUGGAUGAUAUGUGCAGGAUAUCUGGAAGGAGGAAUUGACUCCUGUCAGGGGGACAGUGGGGGUCCACUUGCAUGUGAAGACUCAUCCGUGUGGAAGCUUGUUGGGGUGACUAGUUGGGGGAUUGGCUGUGCUGAGAGGAACAAACCAGGAGUUUAUACUAGCAUCGCAAAGGCACUGGGCUGGAUCCGCCGACAGAUGGAAAGAGAAGAGGCUUGGAGUCUGCCAACUACAACACAUCAUUGAAAAUUAAGAUCUGACCAACAUCCUUGCUUCAGAAACAUUCAGAUCAAAC